AUGAAGGAUGAAAACGGAAAGCGCAAGGCCACCGAUGAGCCUUCAUCGCCCACCGAGGCUAAGCGCAUCAAACGCAACGACUCUGCCGAAGGCGAGGAGAAGCCUUUGAAGGUUCCGGCGAUACCCUUCCCGGAAAAGCCCGCCGUUAUCGAGGAGCGCAAUGGCGAAAUCGAAUUUCGGGUCGUCAACAACGAUGGUGAGCGCGAGAGCCUGAUCAUCCUUACAGGCCUCAAAUGCAUCUUCCAGAAGCAGCUGCCCAAGAUGCCCAAGGACUACAUUGCUCGGCUGGUAUACGACCGCACCCAUUUGUCCAUCGCGAUUGUCAAAAAGCCUCUGGAGGUGGUAGGCGGCAUCACCUACCGGCCCUUCAAAGGACGCAAGUUUGCCGAAAUCGUCUUCUGUGCCAUAUCCUCAGACCAGCAAGUCAAGGGCUACGGCGCACACCUCAUGUCACAUCUCAAAGACUACGUGAAAGCCACCUCGGACGUGAUGCACUUCUUGACCUACGCCGAUAACUACGCGAUCGGCUACUUCAAAAAGCAAGGCUUUACCAAGGAGAUUACCCUCGACAAGUCGGUUUGGAUGGGCUACAUUAAAGACUACGAGGGCGGCACCAUCAUGCAGUGCACUAUGCUACCGCGCAUCCGCUACCUGGAGAUGGGCCGCAUGCUCCUCAAGCAGAAGGAAUGUGUCCAGGCUAAGAUCCGGGCCUAUUCCAAAUCCCACAUCAUUCACCCGCCCCCGAAGCAGUGGCAAAAAGGCGGCGUCACCCCGAUAGACCCGUUGUCCAUCGAGGCGAUCCGGGCCUCGGGCUGGUCGCCCGACAUGGACGAGCUCGCGCGCCAGCCGCGCCACGGGCCCAACUACAACCAGCUGCUGCACCUGCUUAACGACCUGCAGAACCACCAAUCGAGCUGGCCGUUCCUGGUGCCCGUCAACAAGGACGAAGUGCUCGACUACUACGACGUCAUCAAGGAGCCCAUGGACCUCAGCACUAUGGAGACCAAGCUCGAGGCCGACCAGUACAACACGCCCGAGGAGUUCAUCCGCGACGCCAAGCUCAUCUUUGACAACUGCCGCAAAUACAACAACGAGAACACCCCCUACGCAAAGUCGGCAAACAAGCUCGAAAAAUUCAUGUGGCAGCAGAUCAGGGCCAUUCCGGAAUGGUCCCAUCUCGAGGCGUCUUAG